AUGGAAGCCAUGAAUACUGCCUAUCCUCCUGAUAACUUAAACCCUCUUGCUCCUCCUCAAAGAGUGACCGGUUCUACAGAAACAGAACGUCAACAAGAAUUAGAAGCCGCUCCUAAGGUCGAUACCAAACCUUCUAUGUUAGAUGGAUUCAAAGAAAACUUACAUGAUAUCAAAGAAAACGUCAAAGAGACAUUCCAAAGCGAUCAUCAUCAUGGUACAGAAGUGUCGCCUAAAUCAACGAUGUUUGAUGAUUAUCAGCAAGUACCAGACUAUAUUGCUGAAUCCAUUCCAUUCUUUAUUUUGACCAUUAGUUUGGAAUUCUUGACAUUGGCCUUAAAGGAUCAAGGAAAAGGUCUUAAAAAGAUCAGAGCAUGGAACAGUAGUCAUUACUCAGUCAAUGAUACCAUUGGCAGUAUUGGUGCUAGCAUGUUGCAACAAGUAAGCAAAUUCUUCAUGUACAAUAUCUCGCUUUACUCCUAUCUUUAUGUCUAUGAUCAUUAUCGCAUCAUGGACUUGGAUCCACAUCAAUUGAGUGUAUGGCUAGCGUGUUUUUUAGUUGUAGAUCUUGGCUAUUACUGGUUUCAUCGAGCUGCUCAUGAAGUCAAUCUGUUCUGGGCUACGCAUGUUGUUCAUCACUCUUCUGAAUACUAUAAUCAAACCACUGCGCUAAGACAGAGUUUUUUUCAAGUGUAUUGUUUGUGGUUGUUUGACUUGCCUGGUGCUUUGUUUUUCCCUCCUUCGCUAUACCUUGUUCAUCGACAGUUUAACACUUUAUUUCAAUACUGGAUUCAUACACAAGUCAUAGGUCAUUUGGGUCCACUUGAAUAUAUCAUCAAUACCCCUUCAGCGCACCGUGUGCAUCAUGGCCGCAACCCAUACUGUAUCGACAAAAAUUAUGCUGACACACUGAUCAUUUGGGAUAUCUUGUUUGGUACAUUUGAACAAGAGAGAACACACGAACCUGUUGCUUACGGACUGACUCAUCCAAUCAACACCUUUGAUCCUCUUACUAUCCAAUGUCAUCAUUUUAUAUAUCUUUUCAAGCUAUGUUGGACAACACCUGGAUUCGAUAAACUCAAGGUCUUGUUCUAUGGCCCUGGAUGGUACAGAGGUGUGCCACGUACUGGUCUCAUACAAGACAUACCAUGGGUGCCUCAAGAGAUGCCACCAGAGAAAUACGAUCCCAAAGUGUCUUGGGGCAUUCAGGUCUAUGUGACACUUCAUUUUAUAGUAUUGGUCUUUGUCAACGGUCUCUUUUUAAGCUCUCAAGAACAUACUUUUUCAGCAGUAUGUAUGGUAUCCUUUUAUGUUCUGUCUACCUUGACAUGCUUUGGUUGGAUCUUUGACAGUAAACCAUGGGCUAUUCAAGCUGAAAUAGUGAGAUGUUUGAUUGUAUGUGUUUUUGUCCAAACACAAUCCAUUCCUCAUCUGUUUAUCUUUCAGUUAAUGAGUGGAUUAUGGCUACUAAGCACACAAAAGAAACAUGUUUAUUAA